ACAGGAAAAAUAUAGACGACUCUCCUGUAAAGAAACAAGAACUAGUCCUUGUCAUCGUAAUGAGUACUAAUGACGAAGGAGGGCUAUGGUGUAUUUAGACUGCAGCCUUCUGAGGGACACCAACAAGGACAUUAACAUCGAAGGGCGUAGCUGGUGCGCGUCUCGCUUCCUGGUUCCAGAGGAGUCGCCGCUCCCUCAGACAUAGUUCAGGAGAGGUUCGUUUUGGGCAACAGAUAGCCUACCGCCUUGGAGUGGACCACCAUGUCCCCCAGAGAUUUGAGAUUGUUGUCAUGUGAGAGUCCUGGUUCUGUGAAUUGCGCCAUGGAAGUCAGUUUGGAGGUAUGUUGAAUGAUCACAAUGGGAGUAUGUCAGACUCUCAAUGUGAAACAUUAAAACUGUUCAGACUAUCCGGGCACUUAGACUUCCAUUCUCUGUGUCAAACAGCUGAACAGGACAGGUUUAAAAAAAAUUUAAAUAAUAAUAAAAUUACAUUGGCCGCAUUAAAUGUCCAAUCCUUUUGAAGUGGGAAGAUAUGUUGUGUAUAAACUAAUGUUGAUUAGCUGCUACCCUCCCAGUUCAAAUGGACUGGACGUCUGCUAAACUCUUUGAAAAAGUUUUACUUUAUUUUUUAAGAGCCACAUGAUGGGACAUCUAUCAUUAUCAAUCACACUGAAAGAGUUAAAUAACAGUAAAAGCUCUUGGUUUUCUACAUUUAAAUGGUUUUGUCUAAAGAAAAAAAAAGAUUUUAAUGCAUUAAUCAAACAGUCGAGGUCUGUGUCUGUAAAAUGUUAACUAGUGAGGAACACAAUUACCCUGUAAAGGGAUCGCAGAGUCCUAUUUUGAAUAGCUUUACUAUAUUCAAUAUGUAGUUCACCAAUUUGAGAGGAUUAAAUCAAGUGACAAACCCUUUUUAUGUCUUGAACUCCGAGACUGCAUUGCAUAGUGCUCAUUACAAUAUUUGUUAAUCUGACACUACUGUUGGAAUAACAUUUAAACACUGUGUGGAGGAAGUACACAAUCAGCAAAGUUUAAGCAAUGAGUGAUAAUAGAUAUGUAACACAAAUGUUAUAUGCAUUAACGUAAAUUAUGGAAAAUCAGAAAGCAACACAAACAAAUGUAGCCUGGUACACCAGAUUCACCGCUGUUCCAGCUAUUGAGUCUGGCCACCAUUCAGCGGAUAAAAUUUCCAGGGCGGAGCAAGCCACAGCAAACAGCGGAGUGGACCAAUCAGCGACGAGCGGACGUGACGUUAGUAAAGCGACGAGGGAUUUGCGCGCGGAAGUAGACAUACGAGGAGAGCGGAGUUUAUUCAACAUGACUAGCGCGAGACAGACUGUUGUCAAUGACUUGUGUCGAUGUGUUUUUGGUAAUUGAAAACUGAUUUUACCGUGGAUUGGAACAUAUUCUUGGCUCCCCUGUUCAUCAUCUGUGUUGUUGUGGAGACGACUUCCGACGUGGAAGAGUGACGUUACUUGUUAAGAAAACGUCACACAAAUAAACAAAUCUAAUUGAACGGUUGAUUUUGUGCUUGCUCGAGUGGCCGUUAAUGGGCUCGGUCCCAGACUAUUGUCACAGUGUUUGAAAAAUACAGGGAGAACAGUCUGGCUGUGUCAGGCAAAAAAAAAUGUAUAGGAGAUGUAAAGAAACAGCAAGAACAAGCCAUUAGCCCCCUUCGGCAUAGUACAAAAAAAUACCUAUAGAUGGUAUUGUUUCGCUGUGUGGAUUGUGUAAUGUGAGUUGAGGCUGGUUGCUUGUUACCACACUUCCUGUCUCGCCCCAUUUAAUUGAACCAGAAAAAAAGAACAUUCAUCAAGUUUAACCAUGAAAGCUGAGAUAUUAUGAGAAAAUCAACGUAAAGUGCAUAGUACAUGAGAACUAAGAUGGGAAAUUAUUUCAUUCAAUUAUGAUUUUUUUUGGUUAAAUUUUCCCUUUCAUUUUUCCACAUGAAGAUGAUGCCCUGCCUCUCUUUAACUGCUGACCAGUCAGUCCAGGAUUGCCAAAGUGGGCUGGGGUAGGCUCCAGUUACUCACCACCCUAAUGAGGCAGUAUGGAAUGUUUCCUGUAGCAGUCAAGGCGGAGGUUAUGGACUUCAGUCACAUGACUUUACUUAAGUCGCCAACUUUAGAACUUGGAACUCGUCUGGCUAAAACUUCUGAAAGUCACGACUUGACAUUGAUUUAAACAGAGGUUGUUAGAGUAGCCAGAAAUCUUACUCAAGGAAGAGUUGCGUUAUUUCUAAAUAAUAUUACUCAAGUGAAAGUAGUCAUCUAAAAAAGGAACUCAAGUACAGAUAAAAAGUAUACGUUGAAAAGACGACUCAAGUAAAGAGUAACAUUGUGAUUAACUGCUUACAAUGUCUGCCUUUUUUUAAUAAUAAUGCUACAGGUAUAUAUUUUUUCCCAGCACAACUUCAUCUAAAUGAAUUGUUAUUGUAAUCCUGAACUAACCUAUUACAUGACUGUUUGGCUAAAAAGAUGACACAAAAAUCAACUAAUUCAGGCCAGAGCAACACAACAUGAGUGCCCUCUAGUGGAGAAAAAAACAUUGUUACUUCUGAAUGGUAUAAUGGAGUCAUUUGGUUAUUGUUGCGCCGUCUCAUUAGUGAAACAGACAGCCACUGUCGGUAUCCCUGGCAAAAAUAAAAUCAGUAUGUAGAAUAAAGAGGAAAAAUGUAACGAUUCUACUGUAGCCCAAAGUAGCAAAGUAAGAGUAUUGUUUCUUCUUCACAAAUCUACUCAAGUAAAAGAAGUAUUGCGUGGUAAAACUACUCUGAGAAGUACAUUUUUCUCAAAAAGUUACUAAAGUUAUUGUAACGGAGUAAGUGGAACGCAUUAGUACCCACCUCUGGAUUUAAAUACUAAGACUUGACUUAAUUUAGACUUGGAACAAAUUGACUUGACAAGUCUUUUCUGUUUACCAUGGAAAAUAAUCAUCAUUUCCAAUCAAGAGUGUGCUGCUCUUUUUUGAUUAUGAACAAAAAGUAUUGCUGGCUUUCUCGUCCAAUCACGGACAGUUUGUGACUCUUGUGGCUCUUAAAAGCUAAAUUAAAACUCCUUCAGUGAGUUUAUUAGUAGUAGAUAUCCAGUCAACUAGAAGUCAGAGAGUUGGCAGCAAAUGAACAUACGUUCUUUCACUGCCAGCCCUCCCACUUCAAUUCGAUUGAAGUGAUUGAUGGAGUGUAGCGCUGUCAAUGGCAGCCAAUGAGUUAAUAUGUGUAGCUAUUGUUCCAGGUCUCACUGUAGUGAUCGAGCUCUUUCCAUACAUUUUUUCCUGCUGCCUGGACGCCGCUAUGGCACCUGCAAGGACUUGGCUCCCUUGGGCCUGCUGCCAGGACAAAACAACUUCUGGUCCAGAUGAGGAGAGGGAAAAAUACUGGGCCGAUCUCUUUGAUCAGCUGGAUCUCAACAAAGAUGGCUACGUCGACAUGAAUGAACUACGUAAAGGGCUGGCAGGGCGAGGGCUGUCCCGGGCUUCACUGGAGAGGAUUGUUGAAGCGGGGGACACCAAUGAAGAUGGAGUGCUUGACUUUGAAGAGUUUACUCAUUACCUGCGUACCCAUGAAAAACAGCUCAAAGUCAUGUUUCGCAACCUGGACAAGAACAAUGAUGGUGAGAUAGAUGCAUCAGAAAUCCAACAGGCUCUACAUGCUGUUGGCUUAAACAUCAGUCUCAGGGCUGCGACCAGGAUUUUAAAAAGUAUAGACAAGGACGGGACCAUGACCAUUGACUGGGAUGAGUGGCGAGACUAUUUUCUGUUCAACCCUCUCACAAACAUGGAGGAAGUGGCGCGCUACUGGAAACGUUCAAUGAUGUUGGAUUUAGGUGAGCAGCUAACAGUUCCAGAUGAGUUUUCAGAAGAGGAGAAAAAGUCUGGCUAUGUGUGGCGACAGCUGAUCGCAGGAGCCUUGGCUGGAUGUGUAUCGCGGACUGGGACUGCCCCAUUAGAUCGUCUCAAAGUCUUUCGGCAGGUUCACGGUUCGUCUCUUUUUAGUGGAAAUGUGCUGGGUGGUUUUCAGUACAUGAUAAAAGAAGGAGGCGUGCAGUCCUUUUGGAGGGGCAAUGGAAUCAAUGUUCUUAAAAUUGCCCCAGAGACUGCAAUCAAAUUCACAGCUUAUGAAAAGAUCAAGCAUAUAAUGUAUGGCAGAAAAGAUACAAAAAAUCUGAGGGUUCAUGAGAGAUUUCUUGCCGGCUUGUUGGCUGGCGCGACUUCUCAGACAGCCAUCUACCCACUAGAGGUGCUGAAGACGCGACUUGCGCUGAGAAAAACAGGGCAAUUCUCCGGAAUAACUGACUGUGCCAAGCAGAUUCUACAGAAGGAAGGACUUUCAGCUUUUUACAAGGGUUAUGUGCCUAAUUUGCUGAGUAUUGUACCUUACGCAGGCAUUGAUCUGGCAGUCUAUGAGACACUGAAGUUUGUGUGGCUAAAUAGGAACAGAGGCGUGGCGGACCCAGGGGUUAUGGUCCUGGUUGGCUGUGGUGCAGUCGCCAGCACCUGUGGACAGCUGGCAAGUUACCCUCUUGCACUGAUCCGCACCAGAAUGCAAGCUCAAGCCUUGAUGAAAGGAUCCAAUAAGCAAUCCAUGUCCACCUUGAUUUACGCCAUUGUAUCCAAAGAGGGUGUGACGGGCCUGUAUCGAGGAAUUUCCCCUAAUUUGCUAAAAGUCAUCCCUGCUGUCAGCGUGUCCUACGUUGCAUAUGAGUACACAAGGAUAGCCCUGGGAGUGGAUGUGGAGGGUAGGCGGGGAGGGAAAGGGAAAGUUUAAAAAUAGGUGGAUGGUUUGUUGUGGCUUUCAUCUGCGGACAAAUAUAAAUCCGUUAUGCCUGAAUGAAGAUGUGAACUCUGACGGUGGAUGAAUUCGCACUCCGGUGAUUGCAAAUCUUGAUGGAACAAUAGUAGAUGAGAUAACACUUCCCUACUUUUGGAUGACCUCACAUGACGGCAUAGAAGAUCCUGUGAGCAAUUUUAUGUGUGUCGUGUAGAGAAGAAAUCUGACUGGAGUCUAUCCCAGCUGACCAUGAGCAGGAGAUGGCACAUACGUUGAUCGCGAGUGUCUGGCAGAUAGUGUCAGUCAAUCAUAUCCUCGUUUCGGGGAAAAAAGGCUGGUAGUCCAUCCAUCCUUCCUUACUAUUUGGUUUUUCUAUUGAUUGACAUACAGGUAAACCAAUGUGAGAGCCCCUUUUAGCCCACCAUCCACCCUGCAUGACUUGCAUGACAAACAUAUUUGACAGCAAACCAGAUCACGUUUUUACACAAGUCAAAACACAUGCAGUACAUCCAAUGUUAUCGUAUUAGUGUUUCCCUUAAAGCUGUAAUGUGAAGUAAUUUCAUAACAUGCCAAAUAGGGUCACAAUUAAAGUAAUUAAAUAUUGUCCAACAAAUAAAGCAUGAAAAAAUAAUUUAUGAUGUUGUAUAUUUGACAAAAUAAUCGCGUUUCCGAAGUUCGAGCCUGAAAGGGGACGAACCCGGAAGUGAUACGUCACACCGAGAACAGCGAUGGGAGCGCUCCAUACGGCCACCCUACAAAGCCCUUCAAACAAUGCUUCAAACAGCGAUAUAAGUGAUAGAUCACGUGCAAGUGAGGAGACCCAAGUUUUUGAAGAGUUGGAGGAAGAGGAGGAGGUUGGGAUUUUAUGUUGGAUCGUACAUGUAUUAGCCAGACGCUAAUCAGGAUGCUAACAAUGUGCCCAGACUACCUGACAUCGAAUGGAGACAAGACCCAUCGAGAUUACAAGAUU